ACAGUUUAAACAGUUCUGCUCGCUAGGUCACUUCCUUUAUUAGCGGUUAAACUAGCCAGGAAGUGCAGCACAGACAGACGCAGUAAUUCAGCGUUUAGGUCUUUUAUAGGUUAGAGAUGUCUGAGAGUGUUUAUGAUGAUGUCUGCAUUGAGGAGCUCAGCAAAGAAGAUAAAGUGGAGAUGAUGGUGGAUCUUUAUGAGAGUGCAGAUGCUCAUAGAGGAGAUAAAGUGGAGCAGUUGAUGGUUAUCUAUGAGAGUGCAGACAGUGUUGGAGGUCAUGACCCCAUCACAGAGACAGAGGACGUCAACGCAAAGAAAACCCUGCAAACACGGAAAAAAGAGAGUCACACUGCAGAGAGCAGAUUCUACAGACUGACUGCAGUGUGUCUGGGGCUGCUGUGUGUCCUCCUGCUGACGGCCAUCAUAGCACUGUGGAUCAAACUUUACACCUUAAUGACGUCAAAAGAGGAAUUACACACCAAACUGACCAUAGAGAGAGACCAGUUACAGACCAGUUACAUCAACCUGACCAUAGAGAGAGACCAGUUACAUACAGAGAGAGAUGAAAUAAAGAAGAGGCUGUCUGAACUGGAGAGAAACAUUAACAAUCCAGAAUGGAGAUACUUCAACUACAGUGUUUACUACAUCUCUACUGAGAGUAAAUCCUGGAACAAGAGCAGAGAGGACUGUAGAGAGAGAGGAGCAGACCUGGUGAUCAUCAACAGCAGAGAGGAACAGGACUUUAUUGAGAAGUUAAGAAGAGGUCAGGCUUGGAUUGGUCUGACAGACAGUGAGACAGCGAAGGUCUGGAAAUGGGUGGACGGCUCAGCACUGACCACUAAGUUCUGGAGAUCUGGAGAACCCAGUAGAGCAGAUGAACACUGUGUAAUAAUUGGUGGGGGCUCUGAUCCUGUAAACAACUGGGCUGAUUAUCCCUGUAGUUAUUUGUUUGUUUGGAUCUGUGAGAAGAGAAUAUUUGAAUAGCUGCAUGUUAACAGUUAAAGCAGCAGUUAUUUAUGUUUUUAAUAACUGUCUGUGUACUAAUUAGAUUUGACCUGUGUUCUGAUGACCUCUGUUGAUUUACUGAUGACAGCGUAAACAGGGAUAAUUCUGAUGAGAAAACAAAGCCCAGUCUGUUUAAAAGACUGAACUCUUUGUAGAAGAUUACAGAAGGCCGACCAACCACUGACCAUCUCUGUGUGUUUUGUAAUGGAUUUGACCAGUUUAUAUUUUUGUGAAGACAAAGUAACAUGUUACAGUAAUGGGAAAUCUUUUCCACUAACAGAGUAAUAUAACACGUAGUUUAAAUUCUUGUAAUCACCAAGUAGUAAUGGAAUACAUAACACCGUUACAUAAUCAGGAUACAAAAAAGUAACUGUAUUCCGUUACAGUUACAAUAAAAAGAGAGUAAUUAGUUUACAGGUACAUUAAAUAAAUAGGAUGAUAACCAGCCGGAUUACAUUCAAACACAAACUCAUUGCCUUUUGAUCAGAUCCACCAUUUUGUUGCCCACAUGUAGAUUUUAAGGAUUUUUGAAGGUCAAAGGCGACAAGUUUUGCUACUAUGAGAAACUUCAAAAGAAGUCUACAGACAUUUUGGUAGAUAUGUUGUUAUUUUUAUUGGCAUAACUAAGAUCUGCAGUGUUUCCUCAAAGAAUCAGGCGUUUACUCUGGUUUUACACCCCCCCCACAUUCUACAGCAUUUCUGAUCUGGAAGUAAACUUUUUGUUUUUGUUCUUUGCUACAUAAAAGUGCAGUCUGCCUUGCGAUAAAUCAAACUUUUGUGAAUGUUAACUUGUCAGAUUUUAAUGCUGAAGGGAUCUAAUAUUAACUGACAGAAAAAAAGAGCGCAGUCUGGUGUGAGGAAAAGUUUCACUGUUACACGUAUGGUUUCUUUCUUCAGUAGUUUUCGAAUCAUAGGUACGUGGACAUUAUCAUGAUUUGUUAACUAAGACGAUCAGCUCCCUCUUAGUUUUGGUGUGAAAUCAAUGCAUUAUAAGCUCAUAAAACACGUUAAUAUCUAUGAGCUGCUGAAA